AUGGCUUUCUCUCAUAUCCCGUUCUGGACGGCGUCCUCUCUACCAAACCACUGCACGCCGACCUCUCCCCUCUUGUCCGAAGUAUCCUUAUAUCUUGGUUUUUGCAUACCUACCCCUCUGGCCGCGCUCUCUACUCUCCUCGGCACCCUGUCAAUAGUAUCAUGGCUAUUCGCGCAGAUGCCACAGAUUUUCAAAAACUAUUAUAUCAAAUCCACUGCAGGUCUCUCGAUUUUCUUCCUGGGCGAGUGGUUACUAGGCGAUUUGGCCAACCUUCUGGGAGCGAUAUUCACCAAGCAAGCAGGCUGGCAGAUCAUAAUCGCAACCUACUACGUCUUCGUUGAUAUGUGCCUAGUGGUUCAGUACUUCUGGUACAGCUACGCCGCAAAGUGGAUGUAUGAGGAAAGCCUCCAUUCCACAGGGAGCAGCGAUAUCGACGACGCCGAUAGUGCUAUUAUAAAUGGGCUGUCUCCCAUCAACUCCAAUUUCGCCAGUGAGGGCCCGGAGCUCAGGGACUCCGACGACUAUGCUCCUAAACGAUCAGAGCCCACAGAUGUCACUGCUCCUCAAUUUUCUGCUGUAAAUUAUGGCGAAAAGAAAGGAACUCCGCCUCAAGAUAUUGUCUACGGGGACAAAUUUGGGUCGAGUUGGAUGGCUUCACCCUCACCACGCACUCUUCUCUAUGCAGCUACCAUGGCUUCCUUGGCCUCCAAUGUGGCAGCUGCUCCGGUACCUUUUCCUUCCGACCACCAUGUGCAUGGAAUUCAUCUCUUCCGCGUCGACACCCCUCUCGAGAUUACCGGCACUAUCUUGUCGUGGUGCUCGACCUUCCUAUACCUUGGGUCAAGAUUACCUCAGCUGUACAAGAACUGGCGCCGGCAGUCAACUGCUGGCCUCUCACCGCUUUUAUUUAUCGCUGCGUUUUGCGGCAACUUCUUUUACUCUGCCUCCUUGAUCACCAACCCGAACGCAUGGAGCGAUUACGAGCCAUACGGACAUCACGGUUGGGUGGAUGCGGACGGGAACCAGAGAUGGGCAUGGGUGGCCCGAGCAGCGCCAUUCUUUCUGGGGGCUGCAGGAGUGCUCAUGAUGGAUGCCUUGAUGGGUGUUCAGUUUAUCAUGUAUGGGGAGCGAGAAGACAGAAUCGUGAAGGUAAGAGAUUCGCACGGGUAUAGUCAUUGGGAGCGAGUCAAUGGAUGGAUGAGAGGCUGGAUUCCGGCCAUGGUCGGAAAGGAUAGAGUCGUGGAUAUGGCCCAAAGUCAGCGACUCCUGCAUGAGAGCGGACAUUUGAGUUUGAGUCGGCGACGGAGUCACCAUCACGUCGACUACGGUACAGUAGCGUGA